UGUAAUAGGUGAUGGAAUUAUCCAAGGUAGGUAAAAUUAUUUUAGCACAAAAAUUCAUCUUGCCAAUAACUAACUAUACAUGUUAGUUUCUUCUUCCUUAAAUUGAAUUUAUGAUUUUCUGAACUUUUUCCAUAUUGUCAACUUUCUCAUGCUUGUGAUCAUAAUAACUAAAGUGUUGUCUACUUUUCUGAAUUUGUAUAUAUAGUUAUGAGCAACACAAUGAUGCCAAGGAGCAAACUCAUGUUUAAUUUGGUUUAUGAUAGGGGUUGACACAUCACACACUCUCCUCUUAAUUUCCAUCUUUUUCUAUUCAAUUCCACACAUCUUUUUAAUUUUCAAAUAAAAAAAAGAAGACAAGAAUGGAUAAUAUUGGCAAGAGCAUGAAGCAUGAGAGCAAGAAAGUAGGUCUCAUCACGAAAACAUGGGAGAGAUGCAAGUCCAUAGGACGAGGAGGGGUCAAGACUAAAUAUCCAUCCUCAGUGACUCCAACGACAAGAAGGAGCAAAUCAUGGCCUAAUCUACGAGGCGAUGAAAUCAAGAUAGGAAAGAAAGUUGCACCCGAAGGAUGCUUUUCCGUGUAUGUCGGACCUCAAAUGCAAAGGUUUGUGAUAAAAACCGAGUAUGCCAACCAUCCUUUGUUCAAGAUGUUGCUUGAAGAAGCUGAAUCAGAAUAUGGUUAUAGUUGUCAAGGACCUUUGGCUCUUCCUUGUAAUGUUGAUAUUUUUAUCAAAGUGUUGAUGGAAAUGGACAAUGAAACUCCUCCUCAAGGUUGUACUUUUGUUGGAAACCGCUCUCGUUCUUCUUAUCAACUACUUAGUCCUUCUCGAAUGAUCUUUUUAAACAAUUUUUAAUUAUCAUUUAUAG